AUGGGUGCUCAAUAUUCCUCAUUAAAUAAUUUAAAAUCGAACGAGUAUCUAUCACGUUUUGUUAGUGAAGAAUCAAUCUCCGUCAAUGAUCCAUUUUGGAAUCAAUUUCUAUCAUUUCGUUUACAAUCUCCAUUUACUACUGCUCAUUCAAAAUUAAUUGAUGAAACAUGUUCAAUCUAUUUACAACAAUUUGAAGCAAAUAAUCCGAAAACAAAUAAUUAUGGAACACUUAUUGAAGUUUUUAUUCGUUUAGCUUCAGCUAUUCGUGAUGAUUGUGAUGAGUAUAUUAUUUCAAAACUUAUCAUCUAUCUUCUUAAACAGAAUUCUUUUUGCUUUAGUAAUAUUGUUAUAUGGCAAACUUACAGUGCUUUAUUUAUCCUUCGUUGUGUAACAAAAUAUUUUAUUGAAAUUGAUUCCGAACAAAAUCUUCAUCCAUAUUUUUUACCACAAGAGAAUUCAGAUCGUUUAUCAUUAAUGAGUUUAUUUGUUGAUACUUUAUUUCGAACGACAAUUGCUAUACCGGUUGAAACAUAUACAUAUGCAUUACAUUUAGAAGUAUUAAAUACAUUACUUUCACUUUUAUCAAUUCAAAUGUGUGCUAAAGAAGCAGCAUUGAUUAGUUCGAUUUAUAGUAUUUUUAUGCAUAGACUUGAUCCAUUAUUAAUUUCGGAAUUUACACGAACUUUAUUAGAACAUUUUAUUAAACAAACUGAUUGUCCAUCAGCAUUAGCUGUUGUUCCAUUGAAUGAUGUGAAUGGUGAUAGUGGAACUUUAUAUAAAAUUGGACAAAGUGUUGCAUCUGGUCUUUGGUCAGUGGUGACACUCGGCAUGGGUGCAUCAACAACAACACCAACAACUACUACUGCUUCUGAAGGAACAGUAUCUCCUACUGAUCCAGCAUAUGAUCUUCGUAAUCAUCAUUUAGCUAAUCAAAGUAUACAUUUAAUUUUAAUUCUAAGUAAUCAUUUUACAAAUGAUGCUCAUCGUAAUCCUUAUCGAUUGGCUUUAUUACAUUUUACUGAUACACAAGAUAGUCCAACAAAUUUACCGGAUUCUGAACCAUUACCAUGGUUUUCUGUUGAUUAUCGUCGUUUAUAUGAUGUACUUUGUCAAACAGUACAUACUGAUCAAAGUACAUUAUUACUUUAUAUGUUAUUACAUCGGAAUCAACAUUUUAAGGCUUAUGUUAUUUCACGAACAAAUAUUGAUCAAAUUGUAUUACCUGUACUUCGAGUAAUCUAUGCGGCUACUGAGAGAAACUCACAUCAUAUUUAUAUGUCAUUGAUUAUUUUAUUGAUUUUAUCUGAAGAUGAUUAUUUUAAUAAAACAAUCCAUGAUAUUAAAUUGAAGAAAUUAACAUGGUAA